GGGACUUCAAAAUGAGCGUCCCUGACUACAUGCAGUGUGCUGAGGACCACCAGACACUGCUCGUGGUGGUCCAGCCUGUGGGCAUCGUCUCCGAGGAGAACUUCUUCAGGAUCUAUAAGAGGAUUUGCUCUGUGAGUCAGAUCAGCGUGCGGGACUCCCAGCGAGUCCUCUACAUCCGCUACAGGCACCACUAUCCACCCGAGAACAACGAGUGGGGAGACUUCCAGACCCACCGCAAAGUCGUGGGCCUCAUCACCAUCACCGACUGCUUCUCGGCCAAGGACUGGCCGCAGACCUUCGAGAAGUUCCACGUGCAGAAGGAGAUCUACGGCUCCACGCUGUAUGACUCGCGGCUGUUUGUCUUCGGGCUGCAGGGGGAGAUCGUGGAGCAGCCGCGCACCGACGUGGCCUUCUACCCCAACUACGAGGACUGCCAGACAGUGGAGAAGAGAAUCGAGGACUUCAUCGAGUCACUGUUCAUUGUGCUGGAGUCCAAGCGUCUGGACAGAGCCACAGACAAGUCUGGGGAUAAGAUCCCCCUUCUCUGUGUCCCGUUUGAGAAAAAGGAUUUUGUAGGACUGGACACAGACAGCAGACAUUACAAGAAGCGGUGCCAAGGCCGCAUGCGGAAGCACGUGGGGGACCUGUGCCUGCAGGCAGGGAUGCUGCAGGACUCCCUGGUACAUUACCACAUGUCAGUGGAGCUGCUGCGUUCUGUGAAUGACUUUCUGUGGCUUGGAGCUGCCCUGGAAGGAUUGUGUUCAGCUUCUGUCAUCUAUCACUAUCCUGGUGGAACCGGUGGGAAGAGUGGAGCUCGGAGGUUCCAGGGCAGCGCACUUCCUGCUGAAGCAGCCAACAGACACCGGCCAGGUGCCCUCACCACCAAUGGCAUCAAUCCUGACACCAGUACUGAGAUCGGACGUGCUAAGAACUGCCUUAGCCCUGAAGACAUAAUUGACAAGUAUAAAGAGGCGAUUUCCUAUUACAGCAAGUAUAAGAAUGCGGGAGUGAUUGAGUUGGAAGCAUGCAUCAAGGCCGUACGUGUCCUUGCAAUUCAGAAACGGAGCAUGGAAGCGUCAGAAUUUCUUCAGAAUGCAGUUUACAUUAACCUUCGACAGCUUUCUGAGGAGGAGAAAAUUCAGCGCUACAGCGUCCUCUCCGAGCUCUACGAGCUGAUCGGCUUCCAUCGCAAGUCUGCGUUCUUCAAGCGCGUGGCCGCUAUGCAGUGCGUGGCCCCGAGCAUCGCAGAGCCUGGGUGGAGAGCCUGCUACAAACUCCUCCUGGAAACGCUCCCCGGCUACAGUCUGUCACUGGAUCCCAAGGAUUUCAGCAGAGGCAUGCACAGAGGCUGGGCUGCGGUCCAGAUGCGUUUGCUCCAUGAACUGGUCUACGCCUCCCGAAGGAUGGGGAACCCAGCCCUCUCUGUCAGACACCUGUCCUUCCUUCUACAGACCAUGCUGGACUUCUUGUCGGAUCAGGAAAAGAAAGAUGUGACCCAAAGCCUAGAGAACUAUACGUCCAAGUGUCCUGGGACCAUGGAACCCAUCGCCCUCCCUGGCGGCCUCACCCUGCCGCCGGUACCCUUCACCAAGCUUCCCAUCGUCAGGCAUGUGAAACUGUUGAAUCUCCCUGCCAGCCUCCGGCCACACAGAAUGAAGAGCUUGCUGGGCCAGAACGUGUCGACCAAAAGUCCCUUCAUCUAUUCACCAAUUAUCGCACACAACCGUGGAGAAGAGCGGAACAAGAAAAUAGAUUUCCAGUGGGUUCAAGGAGAUGUGUGUGAAGUUCAGCUGAUGGUGUAUAACCCAAUGCCGUUUGAACUUCGGGUUGAAAACAUGGGGCUGCUCACCAGCGGAGUGGAGUUUGAGUCUCUCCCUGCGGCGCUUUCUCUUCCGGCUGAAUCUGGUCUGUACCCAGUGACGCUCGUCGGGGUCCCGCAGACGACUGGAACGAUCACUGUGAACGGUUACCAUACCACGGUCUUCGGCGUGUUCAGUGACUGUUUGCUGGAUAACCUACCGGGAAUAAAAACCAGUGGCUCCACAGUCGAAGUCAUUCCCGCUUUGCCAAGACUACAGAUCAGCACCUCUCUGCCCAGAUCUGCACAUUCAUUGCAACCUUCUUCUGGUGAUGAAAUAUCUACUAAUGUAUCUGUCCAGCUUUACAAUGGAGAAAGUCAACAACUAAUCAUUAAGUUGGAAAAUAUUGGAAUGGAACCACUGGAGAAACUGGAGGUCACCUCGAAAGUUCUCACCACUAAAGAAAAAUUGUAUGGUGACUUCUUGAGCUGGAAGCUGGAAGAAAUCCUUGCUCAGUUCCCUUUGCAGCCUGGGAAGGUGGCCACGUUCACAAUCAACAUCAAAGUGAAGCUGGAUUUCUCCUGCCAGGAGAAUCUCCUGCAGGAUCUCAGUGAUGAUGGAAUCAGUGUGAGUGGCUUUCCGCUGUCCAGCCCUUUUCGGCAGGUCGUUCGGCCCCGAGUGGAGGGCAAACCUGUGAACCCACCCGAGAGCAACAAAGCAGGUGACUACAGCCACGUGAAGACCCUGGAAGCUAUCCUGAACUUCAAAUACUCUGGAGGCCCGGGCCACACUGAAGGAUAUUACAGGAACCUCUCCCUGGGGCUGCAUGUAGAAGUCGAGCCGUCUGUAUUUUUCACCCGAGUCAGUACUCUCCCAGCAACCAGGUAA